UCUAUCCCCUUGGGUAAACCCACCUGCCAUGACAAAACAUCCACUCGGUUGUGUCUUAACGUACUCCGUCGUCGCCUCCCUCGGCCUUGUCUCCUUCGCCGCUUGUCUCGUUGCCGAGGGUAAGCGAUCCAAGAAAGGUGAUCUCAUGUCGGAUGGGAAAUUUUGUUUCUUACCUACGAGGAGUCAUGUCUUUGAAUUGGGUGUCGCCGCGACGGUCUGUCUCUCCGCCGCUCAAAUCAUAGGGAACGUACUGCUCUGUGCAGAUCACCGGUGGAGACCGAACACAAGAAAGCCUAAGAAACCAGCUCUUACUGCUAUUUUGCUGGCGUUUUCCUGGAUGAGCUUUGGAGCUGCAACAAUUCUAAUAAGUGCAGCGACGAGUAUGAGCAGAACACAAGCGUACGGAGAAGGAUGGUUGGACGGCGAAUGCUACCUGGUCCGUGACGGGGUUUACGCAACCUCCGGGGUGUUAAGCCUGCUUGCGGUUCUCGCCUUGCUCGGAGCUGCCUCCAUCAAGAUCACGACCAAUCAACAAGUUGAUCAAGACCACAAAAUAAAUGCAAGAAAAUAAAACACAAACAACAGUGAUAGAAAAGG